GCGACAUGCACGACACGUCGACUGCCAACGACGACCAGGAAACACGUCGUCUGCUCGCCAACGUCGACGGCGACGUCGAAGAACAAGUUAAGAGCAAUACCAAGGCCGAGCCAAGUCAACGCAAGUGGAAGAAGCCCGCCCUCGUUUCUCUCGCUUCGUUGGGGCUGCUCCUCCUUGGCGGGGUCUCCUACCUCUCUCAUCAAACGAGUGCAUCAGGGGGAGGCCCAAGGGAAGGCUAUCUGUGGAACGGAACACAUGAAUUCAAACGCACUGUCAUACUCGUUUCGAUAGAUGGAUUGCGAGCGGAUUACUUAGAUAGAGGCCUAACGCCUCACCUGCUCGACAUUAGCAAGCAGGGAAUGCGCGCGAAAUUUAUGAAGCCCGUCUUCCCCACUCUGACUUUUCCCAAUCAUUGGUCCCUCAUGACGGGGCUUUACCCCGAAUCUCAUGGGAUAGUCGCAAACUCAUUCUGGGAUCCCGUUUCGAAUUCCAUGUUUGUAUACAACCACCCAGAAACAUCGUUGAACGCGUCAUGGUGGCUCGGUGAACCGAUGUGGGAGACUGCCGAGCAAGCAGGGUUGAAGACUGCCAAUCUUAUGUGGCCAGGUCCACCCGUCACGUCGACUGGUUCUUCCCCGACUUACUAUGUGCCGUGGAGAGACAAGGUUCCAUUAAAGGAGAAGCUCGAUCAGAUCUUUCAGUGGGUAGACAUGGAUGUAGAAGGCCGUCCGGAACUGAUUCUGGCGUAUGAGCCCUCGCUUGAUCAAGCAGGACACGCCCACGGACCAAUGUCCAAAGAGGUCAAUGAAACACUCCGGUCUGUCGACAGAUUUGCGCACUCAUUACACCACGAAGUCCUCGCCCGGAAUUUAUCCGAUAUCGCGGACGUUAUAUUCGUAAGUGACCAUGGCAUGGCAGAUACAAGGGUUAUGGAGUGGAUAUUGGUGGAUGAUGAGAGCAUACUUGGUUCACCCGGCGAUGACGAACCAACGUGGGAAGUGGUCACUCACACAGAUGGAUGGCCCAACAUGGGUUUAAGAUUCCGAGCAGGGACAGAUCAGAGGGCUGUUUUAAGCAAGUUGAUGCGAGCAACGAGGGAUCCGAGGCAUAUUGGGAAGUUUGAUGUAUUCGUGACAGCGGCGUACACCGGUAGGUCGGACUUAGGGGAUGGCGAGGAAGACGUGGCGAUACCCAUGCCAGAACGGUACCACUUCUCCGCUAGCGAGCGGAUUGCCCCGAUUUGGAUUGUGCCACGACUUGGAUAUGCGUUAACGACCAAGGCAUUUGGCAAGGGUGAAAGCCAUGGGGACCACGGAUACGACAAUGACGAGCCGUCGAUGCGUGCGAUCUUCGUGGCGCACGGUCCGUUUUCGACAGGUGCGAAAGGGAUCGCUUCGCGUGCGUUGUCUUCGCGUACGCUGGAUACCGGGGAGCCUGAGACGGUGCGAGCUGAGGAAGGGGAAGUAAACGGGUGGCACUCGAUAGCAAACAACGAGCACGUCAUGCAGGGCUUCCGGAAUGUCGAGAUAUAUAACCUUGUGAUGCGCUUGUUGGACGUUGACAAUGUUGCGGCCACGAACGGGACAGUUGGAUUUUGGGAUGGAUAUCUGGAGGUAUAGGUUGUGGAAUGUUAUUAACUUCGUUACCCAGGUCGACACGUAGGCUUGUAAUCAAGGCGUACGAUGCUUGCCGUGAUAUCUAUUGCACCCUUCAUUGUAAACUUAUGUCCUAUAUUAAUGCGGAAGGUGGCGUCUAAGUGUUCUGUUGCGGGAUUCCAAUCAUUUCCCAACGGCAGUAGGCGGUUCCUAACACAAUAUGCAGCAAUACAUGAUGUCGCGUAGAAGCUAGUGUCCAUGGACUUUGCGAAAGG